GCCGGCGCUGCAGCCUGCCCGCCUCACGGCUCUCUGCAGAACCAGAAACUGCUGCGGGAGAACCGGCUCCUGCGGGAGAAGGCGUGUGACCUCGCUGUGGAAAACCAGGAGCUUCGCCGCCGCCUGGGCUUGGAUGCGCUGAAAGUGGAGGAGGAGAGCGAGCCCCAGGUGGAUGAGAUUAGAUUGGUGACCGGGUCCGCUGAGCGCAGCACUCAGACUACGUGUUCCUCUGCAGCAGGUGCAGGCCCAGCAGUCACCAUUUCUGAUAACUUCCACAUGGAUUCUGAUGGCAGUGACUCUUCAGACUCAGAGUCUGAUCUCCUGUUGGGCUUUCUGGACAGUCUGGACCCAGAGAUGUUUCUCAAAUACACUGAUUCAGAGUCAACAUGCCUGGAAAAGCUGGACAAAGAGAUCUGUGGAGAAACAAAUUCCAUACCAGCCUCCCCCUCUCCCUCUUUGGGGUCCCCAUCAGCUAAGCUGGAGGCCAUUAAUGAACUCAUAAGGUUUGAUCAUGUGUACACAAAGCCCCUGAUACUGGAGUUUCCUGUUAAAAUGGGCAACCAAACCAAUACGCUAGUGAAAAUUGAGGAAGUAUCUCUCCCUCCGUCUGAAGACAAAGCUAUCUCCGAGGUCCCAGUAUCUGUGAAAGAGGAACCUGUAGAAAGCUUCAUGCCUGAACUGGGCAUCUCUCAUCUGCUUUCCUCCCAUCGUAGCCUUGCAGCCUCAAGCUAUCUGUUCGAUGCCUGUAGUGACUCUGGGUAUGAAGGAUCCCUGUCGCCCUUCAGUGACAUGUCCUCUCCAUUUGAUGCUGACCAUGCUUGGGAGGAUAGCUUUGCCAAUGAACUCUUUACCCAACUGAUCAGUGUCUAACCUUAGUGUUAACUCCCCUUGGAUAACUAUCCUGGCAGGAUAACAGGAUGUGCCCCUUUUGGGGGGUGGGGGGAGGGGAAUGAAGUGUAUUUGGAAAAGUGUUGCUCACCUGUACCCAUGCUAGUAGAUGGAGCGAUGGCCAAUGCAUUUCUCCUGGUAUGAAAAAGCCUAGGGUGUCCUGUCCUCGCCCCCCCCUCAGUGUUGGCUUGGUUUCUCAAUAACUUGCCAAUUCUACGUGAACCUGAAAAUGGUUUGUUUUUCCCAUUUAAAAUAAUUUUAACACCAAAAACUGCAAUGGGACAUUCACGUAUAGACAACUGGGUUAAACUAAAUGGUCUGUACAUCUUACAGAUUUACUAUGUAAAUGCUUGUUUUCCAUUUGCUAUGUAGAGUUGCUUUCUCCAUUUAAUAUUUAACUGUAUCGGUGCAAUUAAAGUGCAAUGCAGCUCACUGGCCCUGUUUUUGCCUUGGAUCUUGGUGGGGAGCGGGGAGUAUCUGGGCCUUGUAGAGUUUGAGACUUGAAAUUUUAAGGGAUGAGGUUUCUGUUUUCCUUACACCACCUUAAUGCACUGAUCCAGCAGGAUGUAGCUGGACGCUUCAGCAGCUUCUUUCUGGGUGUACUUGAUGUUGCAAGCUUGGUUCAAGGCAGGUAAGUUUAUACGAUGGCUAGAGCGGAAUCUGCAGCCUGGAUAGGGAAUGCAGGUGGCAAUAGCUUGAUGUCUGAAUAAAAUUACCGUAAUAUCUUCCUGUUGGCAAGUAAUGCUGUUCAAAAUGCUCAGGCUGAGUGAGGGUGGGUGCAUCUCAAGUGGUGUGUCUAGUGUUUGUGAAGCAGUGUGAGACAUACAUGGUGUGAAAAAGGUGCAGGGUCUGUUACUGCAGGAAUUUCUGAGCCUAAAAUGAACUUUGCAGGAGCUAAUUUCAAAUACCACAGUAGGACACUGUUGUCCUCAUCCAUUUCUUCCAAUGUCACAGUAUUAAAAACACUUGAAUGAGAGUGACAGGGAAGAAACUGAAACUGUACUGGAAGUGUGAGCAGUUCCAGGUGCUUGCACAGCUGUUCUUGGUUUAAGUGCUCUCUCAUGUCCUGCAUUAGCUUUUGACAAAAAUAAC